AUGGAAUCCAGCCCGAUGGGGUCGUUAGUAAGGAUAACACUGCUCCAUCAGAUUCAUCCUUUGGAACGUUCUUCAAUCAGACUGGUUCAGGCAAACAUGUUCCACGGGCAAUAUUUGUUGACCUCGAACCAACUGUAA